AUGACCGCCAUGACAACCAAUAGGAGCCAACCCUAUGCUUUGCCGGCGAACGGCGAGAUCGAACUUUGCGACGAGGACGACUGGACUCGUGUCAAAGACCGGAAGGAGAAGAAGCGAAUGCAAAAUCGGGUAGCACAACGAACUUACCGCUACCGUAUGAAGCAACGGCUCGGUGAAUUGCAGUCUCGUCUUGAUCAACAAAACUCACAGAACGCUGCGUCUUCCGCCGGGAGCGUAGCGAAUGCGGCAGAGAACGGCAGGGAGACUACAGCAUACCAGCCUCGGGCACACGCAGAUACAGCGGACGGCCUAUUGCAAAGGUCACAGCCGAACGACGAGUCUAAUGUGGCACAGUUCAAGAUGGCGCAACAGCAGCAACAACACCAUCAUCACAUCCUCCACACAAGACAGGAUUACAUAGAUCCCAAGAUGAUGAGCAAGUAUUCUCAGCCGGGGCAUACUUUCGAGAACUGCGGGCAGCCAAUAAUGCAGCUUUCAAACCUCGAGCCCAUCAGGCAACGCCCCCCAACAGGGAACCAAGUUCGACCGGAGUUAGAGCAGCACGGAUUCCAGGCCAUCUUGCAAGAAGGAAUUCGGUACCAAAUGCAGCUUUUGGACAGGAUGAGUGCAGAGAUUCCCGAGGGAGGACGGUUGGAGUUAAUGAGGCACAGAGAACAACUGGUGACCAUGCUCCAAAACAACCUCGGCAUUGGCCAAGACAUGAACAAUGGCGCUGCCAACUUCGCAGCAGACGCCAAUGACAUGAUAGAUUUCGACUUUGGCACCACUGACGACGACUGUCAGUUGGGGCUCAACACGCCCUUGUCACAAGGCCAAUGCACAUCCGGGCAGCAGCAAACCCCGAGUCCUGACCACGGAUUUCAGCAGACACAGCCUCAACAGCAGCAGCCCCCGGCACCUACAAUGCAACCAACGCCACCCUAUCAAAAUGGUACACUCGACACUGUCUUCUCACAACCCGCGGAAUCGUCAACUGGCACAUUACAUUCGGACUUGUCAGGAUCGAGCGCAUCUCCACGCACUCAAGCCCCAGAUGGGAACUGUCAGGGGGCAACGGCGCACACCACCACCAAUGCAGAAAACGGCCCAAGCCCCCGACCGUCGGUUUCUCAGAUAACGCCAAUCAGCUCACCGCAGCAGCCACCAGAACCGACCGCGGCCAUCGACGAGCGGCUCGAGUACAUGAUCGACUGCGCCGAGGCUGCCGGAUUCGACUCUCUAGACUGCCUCGUCGAGGCGUAUUACAGCAGCACCCUCACAGAACCCCAGUCUUACCUGUCUAGCAUGCGUCGCUUGAGCCGGAAUAGGCGGUUGCCGAAGCUCUUGUCCACGCUUUUUGAGUCGUCACUGGGGUGGAGCGAGUGGGAGCGCAGGGAAUUAUUUGGCGAGAUAUUCAAAAUGGCCGAGACGUUGCUGAUCUCCGAGGGAAGGGAGAAGCAGGCGGACGGCGGUGAAGGCGGGGCCGGUGGGGUCGGCGGCGUCGAGGCGUUGCGAGAAGCGCUCGGGCUGAUUGAGAGCCUGGGCGUUGGGGCAGCAGGCCCUGGGGGCGACCCACAGGACUCCAGGGGUGGUGCAGCCUUGAGUCAGAAAGAUGUCAAGGGGUUAAAGUUGACAGCCCAGGGUGGGAUGCCUAAUCUGUGGGCCCUCGUGAUGGCGCUGACGUCUGGGGACAAAGGUCUCCGGCAUCGAGACAGGUCAGAGGCGGUCUUGGCAACUAUAAUAACGCUGUUUUGUGCGGGGAGAAUGCCCAAGGAAAGCUUGUUUAGAGUCCUGGACUCGAUCUUGUAA